AUGGCUUUGCUGGCUGUAAAGCUUCUUAUGUUUCUUCUUGUUAUUAGCGGCAAACCUGGCUCAGCUGCUGCUCUGGAUGACUGUGUUUUCUUGGGGGAAGAAGAGAAAAACAGUCUGUACGAAGAUGGAGACGUAGUUGUAGGGGGCUUAUUUCCUCUACAUUACAGCCCUUUGUCCUCUCUUGUAACAUAUAAUGCAAAACCAGCACCUACUAUGUAUAAAUAUUUCAGCUCUCGUGCCUUGCGCUGGAUGCAGACCAUGGCUUUUGCCAUCCAAGAAAUCAACCAGCGCAGUGAUCUCCUGCCACAGCUCAAGUUAGGUUUCCACAUCCGUGACAGCUGUGACGACAUACCCGUGUCUUUGAGAGCAUCUUUGCUGUUGGUGAACGGCCAGCCAGAAAGCGUGAACAGAGAUGAAAGGCAGGGAAAAAACAAUGGCUCUAAAUUAGGUUGUGCUGCCAUAAACAGGACUGUAUCCUCCGUAAUCAUAGGAGAUGCUGGCUCGGGGGAGUCUAUGGCUCUGCUACGAAGUCUGGGUUCUUUCCACAUCCCCCUGGUGAGCUAUUUUGCAUCCUGCAGCUGUCUGAGCAACCAAAGGGAAUUUCCCACCUUCAUGCGCACCAUGCCCAGUGACACCUUCCAGGUCAGAGCCCUGGCUCAGCUCGUCAGCUACUUCAGCUGGACUUGGGUGGGAGUCAUCGGUGUGGAAUCCGAUUACGCCCGCUUUGCCAUCCAGCUCUUCCUUCAGGAGUCAGUGCAGUACGGCGUCUGUGCUGCCUACACUCACUUCUACCCUGUAACGCUCAGUCAGCAGGCUCUGGAUGAGCUUCUGGAUGUUAUUCAGAUGUCGUCGUCAAAGGUCAUCAUUAACUUUUGUAGUGAGUCGGAGAUGCAGGGCAUUCUGAGAGAGGUCCGACGUCGAAACAUAUCCGGCCUGCAGUGGAUCACCAGCGAGGCCUGGGCCACCGCCAAAUCUCUCUGGGAAAAGUCUGCAGAUCUCCUGACGGGGACGCUGGGAUUUGCCAUCCGAAGGGCCGCCGUGAUUCCAGGGCUGAAGCGACAUCUCACCAGCCUCAAUCCAGCCCACAUUCAUAAAUCGGCUUUCUUGGCAGAAUUUUGGGAAGAGACGUUCAAGUGUCGUCUCAAUGGGUCAGUGAACAAACACUCUCAUGGGGCUGUCAGCUACCUGGACAGACCGCCGUGUGACGGGAUGGAGGAUUUAAAUGAUGUUUACUCUCCUUAUUCUGAUGUGACACAGCUGAGAGUGUCUUAUAAUGUCUACAAGGCCGUGUAUCUGGUGGCUCACGCUUUGCAAGACAUGAGUAUUUGCAAAAUUGGAAAGGGGCCUUUCUUAAAUGGCACCUGUGCAGACCCAAAGAAUUUUAAACCUUGGCAGCUCAUUCACUACAUGAAGCGUGCAAAUUUUUCUGCACUGGGGGAGAAAAUCAGCUUCGAUCAAAACGGAGACCCCAUUGCUUAUUAUGAUCUACUGAACUGGCAGAGGAGGCCUGACGGCUCCUUACAUUUGGUUAAAGUAGGUUUCUACGACGCCUCGUCGUCCGCUGGACGAAGCCUGGUCAUAAACGACUCAGCGAUCCGGUGGCCUUUAGGGAAGCAGGCUUUCCGGUCUGUGUGCAGCGACAGUUGUCCUCCAGGUUCUCGCAUCGCCAGGAGAAAAGGGGAACCCAUCUGCUGUUAUGACUGUGUCCCAUGUGCAGAGGGAGAAGUUAGUAAUAUGACUGAUGCUUUAGAGUGCUCACGCUGCUCAGAGGACACAUGGUCCAAUAAUGCCAGAAAUCUCUGCAUCCCAAAGACUAUCGAGUACCUGUCUUACCACGAGUUGGUGGGUAUUCUGUUGUGUGUUGCAUCUGUCCUCGGAGCUUUUAUUUCCAUCUCCAUCAUUGUCCUGUUCCACACAUAUAAAGCCACACCACUGGUUCGGGCCAACAACAUGGAGUUGAGCUUCCUUCUCUUGGUGUUCCUUGUCGUCUGUUUCCUUGUUGGCCUCUUGUUUAUUGGGGAGCCUUCAGACUGGCUUUGCCGCAUCCGGUACCCAGCAUUUGGGAUCAGUUUUGCCCUCUGCAUUUCCUGCCUGCUGGCCAAGACAGCGGUGGUCCUGAUGGCUUUUCGAGCAACACUGCCAGGAAGUAAUGUCAUGAAGUGGUUUGGAUCCAACCAGCAGAGAGCCAGUGUGCUUUUAGGAACAGCUGUCCAGGUAAUAAUCUGUCUUAUCUGGCUGCUCACCAGUCCACCUCACGCCACCAGUAACACAGAUUAUCACAGUGCCACCAUCAUCAUUGAGUGUGUGACUGGUUCAGAGGUUGGCUUCUGGUGUGUUCUUGGAUAUAUCGGCAUCCUCGCCUGCAUGUGCUUCGUAACGGCUUUUUUGGCACGAAAGCUACCCGAUAAUUUUAACGAGGCAAAAUUCAUCACCUUCAGCAUGCUGAUAUUCUUCGCAGUGUGGAUUACUUUUAUCCCAGUUUAUGUGAGCACGGCUGGAAAAUACACCGUGGCUGUUCAUAUUUUUGCUAUUUUAGCCUCGGCCUUCGGGCUCCUUUUUUGCAUUUUUGCUCCAAAGUGCUACAUCCUGAUUUUGAAACCGGAAAAGAACAGCAAGAAACACAUGAUGCAAAGGUGA